AUGUCCCCAACACCAUGGAUAUGUCGAUCCUGCACAAGAGCAUUAUCACGUCCUCACAUACGUCAAUUUAUUCGCUUCGCCACGAAUGGUACACCUACCUCCCUACCCCUCUCUGCCCUCCCAGCUAACACCUCCCCAGAUGCAUCACCCCUCCUCGCUCCAGCCCUCCUCCAACGCGCCCAAUCCCUAACAACCGAACACGAUGCCCUCCAAAAGAACCUCAACUCCUCCUUCGACUCCACCACCGCCAAGCGCGUCGGCGAACUCUCCCGCGUCGCAGAAGCUCUAAAAGCGCUGGAAAAGUCACAAACUUCCGUCAAAGAGCUAAAGCAGAUGCUCGAUGAUGCAAGUCUGGAUCAAGACCUCGCCGCUAUAGCUAGAGACGAACUCUCCUCCGAGACAGGCCAGCUCGAAGCCCUCGCCCGCAAACUCUCCGCUAGCUUGACGCCUCGCCAUCCCUUUGCCGAUUUCCCAUGCAUGCUCGAGUUUAGACCGGGGCCCGGUGGUCUUGAGGGGAGAUUCUUUAUGGAUACACUGUUCAAGAUGUAUAAAGGCCUUUGCAUGCGCAGAGGAUACAGACAUACGGUCGUCAAAUACGAAUUCGCAGACGGCGCAGGCGAUUCAUCUUCUUCCGCUGGCGAAAACCCCCUCCAGGAAGCCAUUCUCGAAGUCCACGACCAAGGCGCCUUUGACAUUUUCCGCGGCGAAGCCGGCAUGCACCGCGUGCAACGCAUUCCCAGCACCGAAACAAAAGGUCGGGUACACACCUCGGCCGUCGCAGUCUGGGUCCUCCCCUCGUUCCCCGAAAACAGCGCCACGAGCAUCGAUUUCGAAGACCCCGAGAGCGACUUUUACGUGAACCCGCAAGAACUCAAGAUCGAGACGAUGAGAGCGCGUGGCGCAGGAGGACAGCACGUCAACAAGACGGAAUCCGCCAUUCGCAUGACACAUUUACCUACCGGCACCACGGUUUCGAUGCAGGAUCACAGAUCGCAGCAGCGCAAUAGAGAAGAAGCGUGGAAACUUAUGCGAUCCCGAAUCGCAGAUCAGAGACGAGAGCAACGUGAACAAGAGGCAUCACAGUUGAGGAACAGCGUUUUGUCGAAGACGCAGAUUACUCGUGGUGACAAGAUCCGAACCUACAACUACAACCAGGAUCGAUGCACCGACCAUCGCGCUGGUAUUGAUGUGCACGGCUUGCCGAAUGUACUCGAAGGUGGUGAGAAGCUGGAUAAAAUCAUGGACGGCGCAAAGGAUUGGUUGGUUAGCAAGGACAUUGAAGUUCUCGUUGCGGAAGAAGACGCAAAAGAGAAGGACAAGACUAAGGGAAAGAAAUAG